UCGAAUUUAAAGCAUCGACAGAAAACGCAUCGCCCGUUUUACUGGUAGCGCGCUUGAUGGAUAGAUUAGUGAUGUCUUUGAGUUCAUUCCGCGCGAAACAGACGCAAGUCCUCGCAGCACAACUUGGCAGACGCCGCGACUAGUUUUCCAUUGGUCCACUAUGGGAAUUCACGGACUUGCCAAGGUGAUAGCAGACCAGGCUCCUGGUGCCAUAAAAGAGCAAGAUAUCAAAAACUACUUUGGCAGGAAAAUUGCUAUUGAUGCCUCCAUGUGCAUCUACCAGUUCCUGAUUGCUGUGCGACAGGAUGGAAACGCGCUGCAGAACGAGGAUGGCGAGACUACUAGCCACCUCAUGGGAAUGUUCUACCGGACGAUCCGCAUGCUGGAACACGGAAUUAAGCCUGUUUACGUGUUUGACGGUAAACCUCCCCAGCUCAAGUCCGGAGAGCUGGAGAAGAGAGGGGAGAGGAGAGCCGAAGCUGAGAAGAUGCUCGCACAAGCCCAGGAAAUGGGAGAACAAGAGAACAUUGACAAACUCACAAAGCGUCUGGUCAAAGUCACCAAGCAUCACAACGACGAAUGCAAGAAGCUGCUGACCCUGAUGGGAGUGCCAUACGUUGAGGCCCCGUGCGAGGCCGAGGCCAGCUGUGCCGCUCUGGUCAAAGCGGGCAAGGUCUUUGCCACGGCGACGGAGGACAUGGACUGCCUGACUUUCGGAACAAACGUUCUGCUGAGACACCUCACUGCCAGCGAAGCCAAGAAGCUUCCAGUCCAAGAGUUUCACUUCACUCGCAUCCUGCAGGACAUCAACUUGACCAACGAACAGUUUAUCGACCUGUGUAUCCUUCUGGGCUGCGACUACUGCGGCACCAUCAAGGGGAUCGGCCCCAAGCGAGCCAUCGACCUGAUCAAGCAGCACGGCAGCAUCGAGGAGAUCUUGGAUAACAUCGACUCCAAUAAGCACCCGGCUCCGGAGGACUGGCUGUUCAAGGAGGCCAGGGAGCUGUUCUUGAAGCCAGACGUGGUGGAUUGUUCUACAGUGGAGCUGAAGUGGAACGAGCCGGACGAGGACGGGCUGGUGCGGUUCAUGUGUGAGGAGAAACAAUUCAGCGAGGACAGGAUCCGCAACGGGUGUAAGAAGAUCGUGAAAAGUCGUCAGGGGAGCACGCAGGGACGACUGGACUCGUUCUUCUCCGUCACCGGGUCUCUGUCAUCCAAGCGGAAGGAACCUGAGGUGAAAGGAUCGGCUAAAAAGAAAAUGAAGACCGGAGGAGCAGGGGGCAAAUUUAAAAAAGGCAAAUGAAAUAUAACAAAUGUUGAUGUUUAUCGGCCCAAAAUGACAACGCUUGACUUUUUUCUUUUUAGCUCAUGUUUAAAGGGUGAUGUAAAUCUGUUUUGGAAUAAAAGUAUUAAAGGAG